GCAGCCGCUCCCGGCCUGCCGAAGUUUCACUUUUUGUCUGUGGGUUCGCUCCCGGGCCCCGCUCCAGCUUUCCCCGGGAAUAAGUAGUAGCCUUAGCGGCGGGAAGAGCCGGCCGCUUGCAAGGACCUGAAGAGAAUCCUGACAGCUAGAGUGUUGGAAGAGGCUUGAAAAGAAGGCAAACAGGAAGGAGGCUUCACUCUCUGAGCUGCUUGGGACCCCUCUUCGGGGUGGUCUCCAGUGAGAAGGCUGAGACUAGCCCAUCAUCUGGCUGAGCCUGUGUCCGUUGUCCAUCCCGAAAGCCAGAAGCUGCUUGAGAUUUCAACGAUGUCUCACCCAUCUUGGCUGCCACCCAAAAGCACUGGUGAGCCUCUUGGCCACGUUCCUGCCCGGAUGGAGACCACCCAUUCUUUCGGGACCCCCAGUAUUUCCGUGUCGACACAGCAGCCACCCAAGAAGUUUGCUCCAGUGGUGGCCCCAAAACCCAAGUACAACCCGUACAAGCAGCCCGGAGGAGAGAGUGACUUUCUCCCACCCCCACCUCCACCUUUAGAUGAUCCCGGUACCCUUCCACCUGGCUCUGGACACUUCCCUCCUCCUCCACCACUGGAUGAAGGUGCUUUCAAAGUCCAGCAGGGAAAUCCUGGAGGCAAGACCCUGGAGGAAAGGCGGUCCAGUCUGGAUGCCGAGAUCGAUUCCUUGACCAGCAUCCUGGCUGAUCUGGAGUGCAGCUCUCCCUAUAAGCCUCGGCCCCCACAGGGCUCUACUAGUGUAACAGCCACUCCUCCAGCCGCUACUCCUGUCACAGGACAUAAGAGAAUGGUCAUUCCCAACCAGCCCCCUCUGACGGCCACCAAGAAGUCGGCCGUGAAACCACAGCCUGCACCCCAGGCCGCACCCAUCCCAGUGGCUCCCAUUGGAACUCUCAAACCACAGCCUCAGCCAGUUCCGGCCUCCUACACGACAGCCUCUACACCUUCAAGGCCCACCUUCAACGUGCAAGUGAAGUCAGCACAGCCCAGCCCACAUUACAUGGCUGGCCCGUCUGCUGGACAGAUGUAUGGUCCAGGGCCUCAUGGCUAUAACACCCAACCAGUUCCUCUGUCGGGACAGGGUCCUCCUCCCUCAGCUCGUGCUGGUACUGACUAUGCAUAUAUCCCACCCCCGGGACAUCAGCCUGAGCCGGGAUAUGGGUAUACCUCCAACCAAGGACGAUAUUAUGAACCCUAUUAUGCAGCAGGGCCUGGCUACGGGGCCAGAAAUGAUGCGGAUCCUUCUUAUGGACAACAAGUUCACCCGAAUACCUGGAAGCGGGAACCAGGGUAUGCUGCUCCUGGAGCUGGGAAUCAGAACCCCUCUGGGAUGUAUCCAGCCAGUGGUCCUAAGAAGACCUAUAUCACAGACCCUGUGUCAGCCCCCUGUGCACCACCAGUGCAGGCAAAGGCUGGACACCCUGGGCCUAUGGGGCCUCCUUCUGUUCCCCCAUCAUUCCGGCCAGAAGAUGAGCUGGAGCACCUGACCAAGAAGAUGCUGUAUGACAUGGAAAAUCCCCCUUCUGAUGAGUACUUUGGCCGCUGUGCUCGCUGUGGGGAGAACGUGGUUGGGGAAGGGACAGGAUGCACUGCCAUGGAUCAGGUCUUCCACGUGGACUGCUUCACCUGCAUCGUCUGUAACAACAAGCUCCGAGGACAGCCUUUCUAUGCCGUGGAGAAGAAGGCCUACUGUGAGCCCUGCUACAUUAAUACUCUGGAGCAGUGCAACGUGUGCCACAAGCCCAUCAUGGAGCGGAUCCUCCGCGCCACGGGGAAGGCCUACCACCCCCACUGCUUCACCUGCGUGAUGUGCCACCGCAGCCUGGAUGGCAUCCCGUUUACCGUGGACGCCUGCGGCCUCAUCCAUUGCAUCGAGGACUUCCACAAGAAAUUUGCCCCACGCUGUUCUGUGUGCAAGGAACCUAUCAUGCCUGCCCCAGGCCAGGAGGAGACCGUCCGCAUUGUGGCUCUGGACCGUGAUUUCCACGUGCACUGCUACCGCUGUGAGGAUUGUGGUGGUCUUCUGUCUGAAGGAGACAACCAAGGCUGCUAUCCCUUGGAUGGACACAUCCUCUGCAAGACCUGCAACUCAGCCCGCAUCAGGGUGUUGACCGCCAAGGCAAGCACCGACCUGUAGAGUCAGCCGCCGCCUAGCUGCUGCGCGGAGAAGAGUGAAACACGAGAAAAAGAGAAGAGAAGAAAUAGAAAAAUAGAGGCAAAGUUCUCAACCCCUGGGAUGGUCUCUGUUCUUCACCUGCUGUUAACCUUUCCUUUAGAAGCACAUACAUGAUGGCAUUUGUCGAAGUUCCUACCAAAUACACAUUUCACAUUGAAUCAUGUAGGGCCUUGGUGAGCCUUUGUUGCAAGGACUUCCACAUUUUUGCACAGAUUAUGCCCCGUCCCAUUCACUUCUGCAUUCCUGGAACUGUUAAUCCCCGUGCUUGUCUCACUUUUCAUCUGGUUCAAUAGAUGUUUAGUGUGGUAUUUGCUGUCACGUGAUCUUCCCUGGGUGAAUGUGCCAGCCUGCAGGUGCUGUUAGCUUGCUGUCCCGUCCGGCCACCUUUCCCUCUGGCUGUGGCUACAGAAGUUAGCCAUCCUGUCGCCAGGUAUGGCAAAGGUGAAUUCUCCCAUUGUGCUGCGCCGCUCUCGGCUCCUGGUAAACAUAAAGUGGGGAGGUGGUUGUGCAUUUUUUCCGCUGGGCUAUAAAGGAUUUAUGUGAAAAAGAUACAUAGAUUAGCAGGAGCCCAAAUUUAGUUUGCAGUUAUCCAAAUUCGUAAUCUGUAGUGCCCAGUGGUCAAGGCUCAUUUGAAAAUGUUUAUUGGCCAAUAGCUAAAAAGUGGAGAAAGAACCAGAUUUCACUACUGAGCUAAAGAAGCCACGUGGGAAAUGCUAGCCAAAGGAUUGCUAUUUGUAUUUGAAAAGCCCAUUAUAUUUCAACAGUUCUACCUUGAGAUUUUCCUCACCACCCUAUCUGCACAUAAGGCAGACUUGCUUUUGGUACAUUUCCAAUUCUGUCCAAUACUUCAUCUUAGAAGUACCGUGAAUUUUCUCCUAAUACACAAGCAUGGUUACUACAGUUAACAUCUAUCUACAGAAGGAUAUGUAUUAAAAAGGAAUCAAAAUCUUACCUUUCUUUCAUUUUAUAGUGACCCAAAUCUGUUUUUUUUUUCCUGAAAAUUGCAAAUUGGGACACAUAAAAUGAAGUUAUGUAACCAUGUUUCGUCUUCUUUAAAAAAGGAAGAAAAGCUGGGAAAAGAUUGUGAAACCCGAGUCUUAUUAUUCUUAUAAUCCUUCUGCAACUCAAGUACAUAUUGCAGGAGACAUAUUCCUAUCUUCAAUGUGACAUUUACACCACACUUUUAAAGACAAUCACUGAAAACAAAAUUGUCUUUCUGAGCUAAAAAUAUGCAGAAUGGCUGCCGAGAAUCUUUCUGCGAACUCUUAUUAGCCAGUGAAACGCUUGCUUGCCAACUGGAGCCAGUGGGCUUUGUUGAGAGGAGAGACCUCGCUUAGCAGUCGCAGCUGGCCAUUUUGUGAACUCACUGCUCAGUAUCUUGGGAUGAGAUUUCCCAAACCUCUCUUUAAAUCUUCUACAAAUAUAUACUUUUAAAUUAUGGAGUACUUUAAAUAUACAGAAGGGUAUAAAUAAUAAUAUAAUGAAUCCCUCUGUAGCUAACACCCAGUCCUAGAAAUAUAGUCACCUUAAAUCCCACAAAUACCUUUGUAUCUCUCUUAGGCGGUGCUGGGAGUUGAACCCGGCCCUCACGCACUUGACAAGCGCCCUGCCGCUCCUGCGUCCCCAGCCCUUCUGUUACUUUUCUAUUUUUUUUUUUAAAUCUUUAUGACAUGAUGAUCUUCUAGUCUGACAGUUUUAAUUUUAACAUUUAGAGCAAAUUUUUUUUUAAUUACUUGUGCAUGUUUAAAAUUGCAAAGCCAUGCCUCAGGAAUUCCAUAAAGUUUAUUUUACUUGAAUAGAAGUCAUCAUGAAAGUGAUUAAAAGAAACCCCUAAGCCUUUGUCACUCAGCUCCUCUGGGUCGAUCUGUGGCUUAUUUACUUUGCUCGCUAAGCAGUUUGAAUCCCCAGAGCUAUGGAUGGCAGGGGCUUCCUCUACUGCCUGCUCCUACCUUGCUUCUCUUCUCGCGAGAGUCAUGGAGGGCAGCCUGUGGAUUUCAGGAUAUGGUGGUGGCUCUAUCCCUGAAUUCCUGUCUUCCAAAUCAAAGGCUCGGCUGUGCCAGUGACCUCAGAGAACACUGCCCGUCAGACAGUCGAGAUGGCAAUACAGUCUGCUUAGACUCUCUCUCAAAUGUUCACCAUAAAACAGUUCAGGAAAUUGUCUUUACACCAAAAGUAGAGCCCAGUUUAAUGAGGGCAGGAAUUGUGUCUAGAAAUGCAGUCAUAUUGCUAUAAAUUUAGACAACAGAGGAAGAAUUUAUGUAAUUUUUAUACUCUAGAGCAAUAACAUCCUACUUGUUUGUUACAUUUAACUCCUUCUGCAACCAGAUGUUUACAUGCGAGAGUUAUCGGAAAAUGCUGCCUGCCACAGCUUCUUCCCUGAGGUUUUCUGGGCAGAGCUCUGCCUGCUUACAGCCUUCUCAGUGCCUUCUCAUCCAGUAACCUCAGAGUGUCUUCACCAAAGAUUUUUAAAGUGAAUUUCUUUUUAAUAUAGACUUAUCCUUUUAUAAUAACGAAUGUGCACAUACACAUAUACAGAAAUAUUUAGAAUUAGAUGUUUUUCUUUCACAAGGUCUAAUACGUAUAAAGGAUCCUACCACUUUAUUCUGCAAUUUCUUUAAUAUAUGAUUUACAUUGCUUUCUUGUUUCCUCCUACUACGAAUUUGAUUUAAAUAAUACCUAGUCACUCUGUUCUUUACUCUUUUAGCCACAUAAAGUUUUGCCUACUCUAGAGAUAUAAGGAUCAUAUUACUUUAAUUAUUAUACACAUUGUCUUUUGAUAUAUUGCCUCACUAUCAUUUAAAUACAUAAACAGAAAAAAAUAUAAUGUUUGUAACAGAAAACUUGUCAAAUUCUAUCUGAAUUGUUUAAAUAUCAAGAGCACAAACACUUGGUUAUUCUGUAUCAAAUGAAAUACAUAGAUAAGGAAAAAACCCACUGUCACGAGCUCUGCAGAGAACAUUUCAAAGUAAGAUUCUCUUUCUAUUUUGAUAGUGGUGGGGAUGGAUCUCUGAGCCUUGCAUGAAACAGACAAACACUCUGCCAUAGCUAAGCCUCACAUCCAGAAUAAGGCUUUGUAGCUGUUGGGGUUCCCAUUUCAGACUGGCUCAAUAUGGAGCUGGGCAAACAAAAUUGCCUUUAAAACUCACAAAGACAUCAUCACAAGUCAUAGCUCAAGGCCUCAGCAUUCCUGAAAUAUUGCCAUCUCUGCAGCUCAAAGGUGUGGGCUUUUUCCUGUCACUAGCGUGUGGCUCUCCCUGUUGGAAUGACCUCUCUGAUCACAAUUACUACAUGGGUUGUAUGCUGAUUAAUGAAAUGCACUUGAAAACACUAAUUGUUUUCUAUGAAAAUGUCUGCAAAUACAUCUAUGGUGGGCUUUUAAGAAGUAUGGACUUGAAUGAUGAUGAACAGCUAUUUCGUAUUUGGGUCCAGGGGAAGGAGAACACACUCUCUGUGAGACUGCAAUAGAGUGUUGAUAGACCAGAGACAGGACUCUGCCAACCAUCUUCUUAGUUACUACAAAUCCUAUUAAUGUGAACCAGUCAGGAAUAAGAGUGUUAUUUCUAUUUGAUAUGGUUUGGGCUUCUCCUGUCAGCUCUGUGUUGGUUGCCCCCCUGAUCCUUCCAUUAUCAAGUUUUGAAGGGUGUCGGGAAAAUUAUGGCAGCUGCUAGGGAGAUCAGGGAAACACGGAUGCCACCUCCCAGCCUCUCGCCAUCCCUCUUGGCUUGGAAAGGCAUUUUUAUAUAUAUAUAUACAUUUCUAGAAAUAUUGCCAUUGUACCUUAGUAUUUCACAUUUGUAGUUUAAACAAGUGAUUGUCCAUCUGUUGCCUGAAGCUACAGUACAUGUGUGUUAUGAAUGAAAUAUGACAGCAUGUUCCAUACCCCUGCUUCAGCCAUCUGUAGACAACCAGCAACCGAAAAAGAUACCUCUGCAAAAUGUGCCUCAAGUCCAUGUCCUGGGAUGGCUCUUCUGGUGCACUUUCAUGAGAGACAAUCAAAAACAAUCCAUAAUUGUGCCUUAUUUUUAAAUAAUCUUGUUUACACUACUAUGACUAUUGUUCAGUAAUAGAAAUACUAAACCCCAGAUCUCAAAGAUGUAACACACACACACACACACACACACACACACACACACACACACACACAAAAUGGAGGGUAGGGGAGAGCUGCAUCACUUCCAUCUUAAUAUAUUGUUUCUUCAGUUUUGGAAGGACCUCAUGAGUGUCGACGAGAGCAUGCUCAUGGCCAAAGUGAUCUGUUAGGUGUUGUAAAUGCUUGUGAUUUGAUCUUCCUCUUGCUUUACUCAGAUAAAGACAGAGACUUGAGCCUGUAACACCCAUGUAGCACACACAUUUUAAAAUCGUGUUAUUUGUUUGAAUUAAUAAGGAACAGUCUUGAUUAUUGAUCAAGUUGUGAUUAUGGUGCAGCCAUGAAUAUUUCAGGACAAGUUAUGUAGUCGCUUGAUCAUUGGAAACUGCUGUGGUGCUGUGGGUUUGGUUGGCAUAGCUUUAUCUCAGACCUUUUACAAUUAACCUGGCCAAAGCUACUGUGAUCUAACGCAAGCGCUUAGCCCCUUGCCUUCUUCUCUCCUUUCCUCCUCCCUCUCUCUCUCCCUCCCUCCCUCCCUCUCUCUCUAUUCCUUUUUUCCAUUGUGCCUAUUAACACUGCCCUAUUAGGGUCGUCUCUUUAGUCUAGUUAGGAUACCAUAACAUUAUGAUUGCAUUAGAAGAGAAAGGUACCAGAACAUAUACUUACGAUCCAGAAAACCCGUGUUUUACAGGGGCAUACUCUUUAGGUUGUGUGUAUUCCUAGAGGGAGAUGUAGUCUUUCAGCUGUGUUUUAAUGAGGCCUUGUUGGGGACUUAGCUCAUAGAGUCCUUCUUGAAAACGGAUCUAGUUGUCUCACCUGUGGAUAUGCAAAGUGAACUCUCUAAGCUAGACUGUGAUUUGUUUUUAACUCAAAAGCGUUUUGACCACAAAACACUUGGAUUUUUAGUGACAGAACAUGAUUUUGUCCCAUUGAAAUUAACUUGAUAAUUUUCCUUGUGGCAAGGGGAAACUAUUAAUUUUCCCAGUUUUUAACAUUGCAGUGCUUAACCCAUGGUCCAUAUGAAAUGAUAAUAAUUCACUCACAGUAUUUGCAAGGGGUAGGUUAGCACUAGAACUCUUCUUAGAAUGCAGAUUAUUUUGCAGGCAUAUUUUCCCUUAGUACAGAGAAGAAAGAUACUAAUUUACUUCUCUGUUUUAAUUUUUCCUUCCUUAUGCAGAAAUUUUAGACAAUAUUUUAGUUAGCUACCAUGCAUAUGACUAAUUGUGGAAAGCUAUGUAAAAGACACAUUUUUAUCCAUCUGAUUGGAAAAAAAAAUGCUCGUAUCUUUUCUCUUUGCUUCUGAUUGGUAUUUGUUUUAUGGCAAUGUCUAAGCAGGAUGAUAAGUAUCUCUACUUCUAGCAUUUGUUAAAAAUUAGCAUACUACAAAUACUCAAAUUCUUUUGUAAUAUUUAGAAUGAAGGGCUAAGUUAAGUUUUCCAAGACGCUCAUCCACUUAGAAGCAAGAUAAAACUUCAUUCAUCUAACUGAUAGUCAUCUACUGUUUAGACAGAAGACUGUUUAAAUAGGCACAAAUGCACUCUAUGAACUUAUCUUUGAACGUAACUUCUAAAUUCAGUUCUCAAUCUGAGAAGCAGAAUGUUCUGCCAGGAAUACAGAUGUCACCAUGUCACCUCGUGCUCUACCCCAGUGCUGGGAGGUCUUGCUGAACACAAACAAACAUACUUGAGGGCAGUGCCUGGGUAGACAGUGUUAUGGUCCGUAUAAAGAUCUGCAUUCUCUUGCUUUCGUGACUGAUGACUCUAACAUUUAUCACUGGAUGUGGCCAGUGUGGAAUACUACUCAAAGCAACCCAGCCUAGCUGGAAAAUUACAUAGAACCAGUCUAGAUUCUAGACUCUUCACCUCUGUGGCUUUGAUAGCACCAAGUCCUUCAGCUUCUCAUUUAUUGACAUUGACAUUGACAGUGCCUGUUACUCUCCUGUUUCCCGUGUCAGCAUGACCCCCCAAUAGUUCCUAAUUCCAUUCCCAUCUACUCUGUGGCUCCGCAAGUGCUGUCCAUCAGGGUGGGUGAAAGCACUUUUCUUGGGGUUGAAAGGAAAAGGAAUGCCGAUCCUUCAAAGGUAACUGAGGAACUCCCUUGAUGAGAAUUCCCUCCUAACAGUGGAUCACGUGUGCACAACAGCCCUCUUAUUUCCUGUGCUGUUUGGUCUGUUUGUUUUAACUUGUUGCAUCGAGGUCUGUGGUGCUGACAGAAUCCAAGUCAUUGAGAAGCGAGGGAGUGAGCUAAGGCGUAUUCCCUCCACAAGAGUCCUGCUGCCUGGCCUCAUAAAGGCUCCCGUGUCCUUUGCCUUUCUGCUUGUCUUCUCGAGGAUCUUGCUGUCUAUUUUCCCGUGAUGGAUACAAAAAAAGACUCUUGACACUUGUAAGUUCUGCAUCAAUAUUAGUCUUUGGUGUCAAAAGUCUUCCAUUUCAUUCCUAAUAUUUGUGUCUAAAGCAAGCAGCUUCCUUCCAUGAUCAGUUUGUCCUCUCCUUAAGAGUUCAGGAUUUAUCUUGUUUUGUCUCCUUAAUAUCCUUAUUCCUUAGCUGAUCUUGUUUUAAUGAUCAUUGUUGAAUCACUCUGAGAGGUUCAAGCUGACUGCAAUAAGGUCAGUCUGUACUUCUUCCUAGGGAGGAGUGUGGCAUGGGAAAGACUAGUUUCUCACCAUGGUCUCUGUGGGAGUUCUGGGAGGACAUGUGAGGACACCCUAGGCUGACUUACUGGCUUCAUUGGGAAGUUGGAGGAAGAGUCCUUAAAGGCCCAACAGGACAGCAUAGGCUCCUUGCUGCAAAAAUGCAUUGGCCAUGAUGCAUGGAUUCUGGAGUCUUAGUAACAGCAAGAGAAGCUCUCAGAUACUCAGGCUCAGUGAGAGAGGAAAGUCAGCAAAGAAAAAUAAGCUGUUAAUCCCUUCCCAUCAACAUUCCAGCUGGAGGAGGGGAUGAUUGGUCAGAAACAGCUUCCUGUUGUCUUUGUUGCAACAAGUGCAUUCUUAUUGAACCACACUACAUCCUCAGCUCUUGCAGCUGUGUGCCUGUCUUUUGAACCCUCAGAAAGGAACAAGCAGGCCUUGUCUACUUUUUUGUUCUUCUAGGAACGCAGUGAGGGCUCCCAGUCCUCUGUCACACUUGGUGUGUCCAGUUCUCUUACCGACUCCAUGCUGCACAGUGAAGUUUUCUCAAAUGGUGCCGGUCAAGGAACUCAGCACCCUGUGAGGAAGUCUCUUUGUUUCAGCUGUCCUUGUCAUUAAUUAAAACAGGGCCAGUCUUUGGGCUUAUGUUUUCCUGGGUUCAUAAAACAAACCUAUGAAACAAAAUAAAAUACCAGCUUCCCCCCUGUUUUUACCUCCAUUGUAUUUGUUUGGUUUUGGGGGGAUGUGUGACUUUUAAAAACAACUUCUGUUUUUAGCCAAGGAGUAGAAAAGCUUUAAACAUCCAUAAAAACAGUCAAAAUGAUUUCUGACAAUCACAUGUUAGACUUUGUGUGAAUUCUCUUGGUUGUAUUUUCUAUUCAGGAAACAAACCGUCCUGACAAUGGUCAGAUAACUUCGUGCCCUUCCUUAGUAACUGUCCCGUGAACAUUUUGCUCCAUUGAUCUGACCCACUGAUGAUGACCUUUAAAAUGUUGGGAAACAUCACUGUGUAAACUCCAGCUUUCACAAGGAAAAAGUCAGAAAGUAUGGUGGGACUGCUAAAAACUCAUCACUUCUGAUCAGUUCUUCAGCACAAAAACAUACCAUCCUUAAGGAAGGAAUGUGUGAUGCUGCAUUUCAUGUAUAAACGUAUAAAUUCUCUCACAGUUGCCCCGGGUUACAGUUCUGCUAGCAAUCAUUAGUCUUUGGAAGGAGAAGAUUGUGUCUCUUCUACCCCGGCUUUGAAUUUGAGACCCCUACAGCAAGAGCCUGUUCUCCGCCCCUGGGUAGGUAGCACCUAUGGGUGGAUUUCAGAGCUGUAAAAUAAUAAAAUUCCUGAGAGAGCUUACAAACUGCUUUCACACAUAGAACAGCCCUGGGAAGAUGGUUAUUAAUAGCCCUGUCCUAGAAGAGAAAGCUGAGGUUCAGAAUCAUUAAGUGACUUGCCAAAAGCAAUGUAGCCAGUAAGUGUGAGAUCUGGGCAUGUACCCAACCCUGUCACACACUUCUUACAGGGUACUGAAGGCUCUGUUUAAAAAAAAAACACGGAAAUUCACAGGGGCCAUGUGGUUAUCAGUGGCAGGUGUGCAUGUGUAUCAUAGUGUUGCAGAUCAUUCAGAGCUUGCACAUAUCUGUGUCAUCUUGUGGGAAGCCACGGGUCUUUGUGACCAGCACUGUGAUGAAGCCUGUGGAGCAAAGGCCACUGAGAGCCAACAGUUGAGCAGAGGCACAUGGCAGCAAGUCUCCCCAGAGAGUGUUGGUUUACAUCAAUGGCAAACCUCUCUGGACCUGUCAGGUUCAGGAUAUCAAUGGAGACUGUAUCCUUUAGAAUACAGUAGUGUGCCGAGGUGACCUGAGUUUUAGGAAAGCCCUCCCUCCCAUGGGCCAUUAUGUACAUCCCACAGAGGCAGAAACUGCUAUAGGUUAAAACAAAACAAACAAACAAACAAAAACAUUUUAGUGUCUCUAUCUGUUCACAUUUAUGUAGAGCCUGCCAAGAGCCUUAUGCUGACACAAAGGAUUUCUGAUCCAAUAAGCCCAUGACCAAAAGGCCUAAACAAGCGCUAUUGAAUGACUGACCUUUCUGAAAUUUAGCCUUCAUCAUUUGAUAGGUGGUACCUCUCAGGCUGUUGCACUUUUGUGAUUAAUAUACCCUCAUCACAAGGAGGUUAGCAUUAUGUUCUUAACAAAGACAACAAAAAAUCCUACUUGGAGGACCCCGGGUACAUUCUAUAAGCCAGCCCACAUCACAACUCAACAAUUGGGCACCCCUCUUGUGGCUGACUCCCUGAGAAGCUGUGCAUCCAGGGGCUGUCAGGCCUUUCUUUCUCUUUUCUACCUUCUGGCUAUUUGCUACCAGUUGCAAAUCCAUUGAUUAAUUAAAAUAUCUUUUAUCCACAUUACAUCUGCACUAAAUCUAGAAAACCUUUCAGAUACCCUAAUUUGUAAGUUAGGCGUUUUCCUCCCUAAAGUCUCUGCUCCAUCAGGCCACUCAUCUGCCUGUUCCCUGAGAUUAGGAAAAGGCAAGUAAAAUGACGAAUGGCCUCCGAGCCUUUUCCAAGUCUUCCCACAAGGGAAAUAGAGGACACCGAGAGGACCAGAAGGUUGGCCAUCAUUGCCCAAGCACUCACAGCCACAGGCCGGAAAGGUGUCUUAUCUUUCUGAGAGGUUUGAUGGAUCUUAUGGCUGGUAGAAUGGGAAGCAUUUCCUCUGGCACAGAUGGGGUAGUCCACCCAAGCUAUAGAUCAAUGAAACCUGUUGAGUUCUUCUCAGAAUUACCAGAUCUCUCCUCAGUUACUUGAGGAGAGACUUGCUUCUGUAGUGCUGUCCCAUCUCAUUAGACAAAAGGACAAUAAAGAGGUGAAUGUGUAAGGGUACUCCUUCAUGGAAAUAGUUUUCAGUUAUCUUCAUGAAUCAAUCACACAUCCUGGCUUGCCUUCAUAUAAUAUAAAGAAAGGACAAAAGGGGGAAUGAAAAUUUCCCUUCUUCCACCCUAUAUAAUAUAGUUCCAAAGAUUAGAGAAAGCACAAUAGUGUUUUCUUUGAAACACACACACACACACACACACACACACACACACACACACACACACACACACACACACCUUCACCAAAAAAGCUGAUUCUCCAAAAAAAGAAAUCUUAUUUUAAAACAUUUCAACUCUUCAGGCCAGGAAAUUAAUAAUUCCUAGACCUGACCCAUUUUCAUAGCUUCCAAAAAGGAAAAGAGAAAGCUACUUAAAUUUUAUGUGAAUCUAUUUAUCUCUUAAAUAUGUCAAGGCAAUUUGAUUCAGGAGUAGAAAGUGAAGUGUUUAUCUCUCUUGCUUGAGUCUCUGUUUCUGUCAGAAAAGGGGUAAAGAAUAAGCAUUCUUGGGGCAUUGUGCUGUUGUUUUCUAUAGCAUCUGCUUUGCUUCAUAUUGAGGUGUAAGAAUUAAUAAUUGGUUUCACAAAUCCACAUUCUCCAUCGUGAAUAAAUAUGAAGUCUGAAUAUCUUUACUUGCCAAACUAUUUAGUUUCAUUUCUCAAUCAGAAAUUACAAAAUAGGCAGAGCUAGCUUUCAUAUCUACAUCAUCUCUCAAACCCCUUUUACUUUAUUUCUUAGGGGAGACUUGUGUGAAAGAAAAACAACCUGCUUCCUCUUCAUCCCUCUUUGCCUUUGGAUAGCUCACUUAGUAAUUAGAGGAAUAGAAGUUGGCCAGGUUAUGAGGUAUCUGCCUCUAAUGUGUUUCGGACCUUCAAACACAGAAUGGGAGCAAAGGGAUUUUCAUAAUUUAAAUACCAACAAUGAGAAUGGUCUUACUUUGCCUAGCAAAUAGUAAGGUGGGAACUGAUAUUUAGGUGAUAUGUGCAUUAUAGUAAUCUUUUGUGUUCUUCUUGGUUUCUAGAAGAGUGUCAGUUACAUCAGUGUGUGGGAUUACAUCGCCAGAAGUCAUACUGCCAUAGACCUCAUUCACUUGGUAGCAAACUCAAUUAGCCUAUUACCCUCCUUCUACCUCAAGUGGAAAGUCUGAACUGAGAUGUGUCUUAGAUGAGAUGUAGACUCCGGAAACUGAUCCGAUCGUAAAUGUUUUGCAGUAAAGUAGUAGCAAAAUAACUUUUCAGUGACUAGCCUUUACUACCCAUUUGUCACUUGGGACACCUGAUAAGCACAUCAUCCAAGACCUCUUUCCUCAUUCAUGAAAGGUAGAAUAGUUCCCCUUCGAGGAUCUGAAUUGUGUUCUUCACUUUUUCCAGAAACAUGUCAAGAAGAAGAUAGAAUUAAAUAUGACACGUGGCUGUCUGGUUCUUGAGCGUGAAUAAGACUGCUAUGUGGAACUGUGUGCCUUAUGCAAAACCUUACACUUAGCAGCCAAACUUGUACAGCUGCAGGGAGCUCUGAGCUCUGUGUGUGCUCUGUGUAGUGAGUUAACCUGGGUUUUGUUUUGUCUUGUCUGAGUCUACACCUUUAUCAUUAACAAAUUUGGGGCUUUUCUUUCUCUACUGCUGAGUAUGGGAAUGUGUGCAGUUAUGAGAUGAACUUUCUAAGUAGUAAGCCUAUGCCACCAAGUGAAUGUGACCCAAAGACGCAGGGCCCAGGGAGAGUCAUUUUGCCUGAACGGCACACCCAGACUGUCAUUUCACGGCUUUGUCACAGGCUUUUCUCCUUCUGUGCCAUCACCUUUGAGAAAAAUGAUUGCACCUUCUCCAAGUCUGCCUUUUUAACAGCUACAGUUGAGUUGGCAAGACUUUCCCAGCUCCGAAUAUAGCCAUUUGCCGACUCCGGCCUCUGUGAGACUGAUUCAAAUCUGUGAUCUUCUGUUCAGCAUACACAUCAGCAAAGUGAGAAGAUGGAUGCUAAAUAUAGGCUCUAUUAACUUUACUUUUAGAUGUACUGCCUUCAAAAAGUGCCUAUUCUGAGAAACAUAAACGUUAUUCCUACAUAUGUAUGUACACACGGUACCCAGAGUCGUACUGUUCAGCCUUCAAAAACACCAUCAGAAGGAGUAGGUGCUGAGAUACGGAAGCAUCGCCAAAUGUAAGGAAGUGGCUCAUUUCCAAUCUCCCCUACCGUGGCUACCGUGAAAUGGGCUGAAACAGAGUCCCCGGCACUUCCUGCUGAUACAGCCACUUUGCCUUUAUAUGCCAGGAACAGUGGCAAACUGCUGAGGAACCUGUACUCUAUGGCAAUAAGAUGCUCACGAACAUUUAGUCAGGGGGGAAAAAAAAAGGCAAUUAAUAUGUGUCAUGUGUGUGUUUGUAAACUAAGCAUUGCUAAAUUUAGCAUGUCAGCAGGUUUCUUUUAUCUCUUGGGCUAACUUAGAGAAAACUAAAGAAAAGACUUGGCUAUAGGGGAUGUAGGCUCGGGGGCCAGGUGCCCCUGCCAGAUCCCUGAAUCAUUUUUACUCCAGCUCCUAAGAAUACUAGUGCGUGCUAUUUGAGGGGUUUUGUUCCUGGAGCUCAGUCAACGACACAGGGACUCUGGAUGUUUGUGAUGAGGCGACAGCACAGCCUGGAAGGGUGACUUGUUACCCAAGGGUGGCAGGAGGAGAUGAGCCAGGUAAAUAUGCUGAGGUAGAUAGCCAUACUGGAUGAUUAUGGAAGAGUUGAAGGGAGGACAUGGUUCCAGAAAAGAUUAUUCUCAAUGUGUCGUCUGACUCAACCAGCUGGCAGAUUACACUUGCCAAGUCGUUUCCUUCCCUUCUAAGUCACUUGGCUCCACAUACUCUUCAGUAUGCCUCUGAGGAAAGUAAGAUGUGUCCACUUAGCCUUUCUGAAGGGACACACCGUGAUGUCCUCUUGGUCACAAAGCUACCAUGAAAUGCCACUUCCCCCACCCAGUUUUACCCAAUGAAAGGAAAGGCGGCAAGCUGUAGAAGACACAUUUGAUGGCAUCGUAGUCAUCCACCACUCUGCUUCCCAUAUAGGAGCCCAGCAACCCAAAGCAGAGCUGAGGGACCAAUGGCACUGAGGAGUAGCUCCAGGAGUAUGGCCACACUUCUUUAGUAGCAUCAUGAUUGGAGCCAGGUUGAUUUUUUUAAAGAGAGUUGGGCAGUACUUCUCCCCCAAAACAUUUCUCCUGUUGGUGAUCCUUUUUAUCUCUAUCUAAUUUCAACACUAAUCGUUUUCUAUUAUUGACAUGAUCCGAUUUCCAUGCUAGAAAAUUCCAAAAUCUCUGUGUGAAUAGCUUGAUAUGAAAACUAAGUCAUAUUUACUGGGACAGGUCAAGGGCAGGGGAGGAGAGCUGUCAGGCUUCCUCUGUGCUAAGUGUGCCUGCCGGGAGCAGGCACUUCCUCCGAGCUAAUCACAACCGCAGCCCCACCAGCAGCUGUGAGUCUCAGUAACAGUUCCAACAGGGAAAGCUACACAAAAGCGUGGAGAACAGGGCUUUUUUUCAUGUGUGUGAUACUAAUAGAGCCAUGGUAUUUCCACAGUGUAAGCAAAGUGCAUGCAUUCACUGCCUCGUAAACCACCCCUGACAUCCCCACAGCAGCACACAUGGUUCCUUAUGAAAAUCAGAAUAAGUUGUGUUAUAAGACCGUGAUUUGGGUAAUUUCUUCUGUACUUACACAUUAUUCAAUUAUAUUAAAAUGUUUUUAUUUACAUUCUAUCAGGUUUGAUUAUGUUUUCCCAGUGCUCUUAUGAGAAUAAAUAUGAAAAUCACAUUCUUUUUUCUGUAAAGCAACUACUUUAUAUUUAGAUAUCCAAUAAACUUCUCAUUCCACUU